AUGCAGCCUCAGGAGGAACACGAAGUGAUUAUUGUGGGAGCAGGGAUUGCUGGCCUUGCAGCGGCAAAGACAUAUCUUGAGCUGUCGCCGGAAACAGAUCUAUUAAUGCUUGAAGGGCGCUCGGCUGUGGGCGGCGUAUGGGCAGAAAAUAGCUAUGAAUGCCUCCAUACCAACAAUCUCUACGGAACCUACGAGUUAUCGAGUUUCUCGCUUGAUUUAACAAAAUAUGAUGUCCAACCGGAAGCUCCCAUCCCUGGAUAUGUUCUCAAGCAGUAUUUCAGUAACUUCAUCGAUCAUUUCGACCUUCGUCGACGAACUCGAUUUAACACACGUGUACAUACAGUUAGAAAAGAAGAUGGGUUCUGGGAGGUUCACACCGGCUCGGUGCUUUACAAGUGCAGCAAGCUCAUCAUGAGCCCCGGACUGUGCUCGACUGCGAAUGAAUUCCCAAUCCCGGGGCAGCAGAAUUUUGGGAGACCUAUCAUGAAUCACUCUCAGCUCGGAAACAAGGGCGCUCUGUUGGCAAAUGACCCAGCUGUAAAGUCGGUGACGGUUAUCGGGGCUUCAAAGUAUGGGUAUGAUGCCGUGUAUCUUAUGGCCUCUCAUGGUAAACGUGUGGAAUGGAUCAUUCGCAAGUCCGGAGGGGGUGCCGUCUGGAUGGCAUUGCCGUGGCUUUGGUUUGGACCCUGGCGAUUAAAGUUGGAGGGCUUAACAACCACUAGAAUAAUCACCUGGUUCAGCCCUUGCAUCUGGGGAAACUGUGAUGGAUUUGGAUGGGUGCGGGGGCUGCUCCAUGGAACAGCGCUAGGCAGGUGGCUAGUGCAGUUAUUUUGGAAUAAACUAAAUGGGGAUGCCAUUGAGGCCAAUGGCUACCGGAAAGAAGCUGCGUUGAAGGAUCUGGAACCAGAUGGAAGUUUGUUUUGGACCGGUCGUCUGGGAGUUCUCAAUUACCCCACGAAUAUCUAUGACUAUGUUCGAUCAGGGCAAGUGAGCGUAAACAGAAAGGAUAUAUCGCAUCUUUCAGAAGGCGAAGUCAACUUUACCGAUGGUACAGUCAUAAAAACCGAUGCUCUCGUUAGAAUAACCGGAUGGAAGCUAGCCCCAGGCAUUAAUUAUGAGCCCGAGGGACUGGUUUCCAGUCUCUGGAUUCCCACUAGGGAUCCCUUCAGAGACCGAAAAGCCUGGGAUCGUUUCGACCGCGCCGCAGAUGAAGAGAUACUUGAUCGGUUUCCAGCUUUGCGUCACCAACCAGCUGUGAAGACGCCGUACAAGCCCAGGCUUAGUCCAUUCCGGCUUUAUCGUGGCAUUGCGUCUCCGGAAAUGACAGCCAAAGGCGACCAUUCCAUCGCAUUUUUAGGAAUGCUCAAUGGGACAAGCAAUGCCCUUUUGAUUGAGGUGCAGGCUCUCUGGACAUAUGCUUAUCUCAACAACCAGGUCCCAAUUGAUCGAUCGAAGGUGUGUUAUCAGACAGCAUUGACAAGUCGAUAUGGAAGACACCGGCAUCCAUGUGGUUUCGCGAGCUGGUAUCCGGAGACGAUAUUCGAUGCGAUUCCGUAUUCGGACAUGCUAUUGAUGGACUUGGGGAUUAACAGAUGGAGGAAGAGAAGCUGGUUGCGGGAGGUUUUUGCAGACUAUACGGUGCAUGAUUACCGAGGGAUCAAUCAGGAGUGGAAGCAGCAACACAAGAUACUCUCCUGACCUACUUUGAAUUUCUUUGUGAGUAACACAAGCCAGCAUACACGAAAUUGCAAGUAUUAUCUCAAAC